AUGACUUCUGCUCUCACUUUGGAUAGUCUUUCCAAUGCUCUCGCAACACCCGCCCAGUUAUCGAGCUCGUCCUCUUCACUUGACGGCAUUCCAUCUGACCUAGAAUCCUCAAUUCGCUUUGCAGGUGCUCUACUCACGCAAGCGGCUGGUGUGCUGUUGCGACUGCCUCAAGAUGUGAUUGCUCAGGCGAUCGUGAUCUUUACGCGAUUCUGGAUUGGUCCUGAUGGUGGGAGCUUUGCGAUACAUUCUGCAAAGGACGUAUCUGCAGCUUCGAUCUAUCUAAUAGCCAAGCUGUCCUUCCAUCCCACUUCGCCUCGCUCCGUUCUCAAUACCUACAACUAUCUCCUCUCGAAACAGGCGUCACCUCUAUGGUUUAUCAAUCCCUCAGGCGUUGUCGGCAAACCGAAACCAGAGACCUAUUACCUCUCCGAAGGUGGCUAUCAAUCUCAGCGCAUGGUGCUUCUCAAAACAGAGACGAUAAUCCUUCGUACCCUUGGCUUCAACACUCAUAUCGUCAUCCCUCAUACGAUUGCGCUUACGUAUCUACAAACCAUCAACGCCGCAUCGAGCGCUCUCGGUAAACGAGUUUUUGAGCACCUUAAUGCAUCCCUUUUAUCACCGCAGUUACUUUAUGUGACACAUCAGCCUAAUGCCUUGGCUGUUGCUGCUAUUUAUCUUGCUGCGCGAGAAGUCGGCGUAAAGCUAGCGGAAGAUGAAUGGUGGGAGGUGUUCGAUGUCGACCGCGAAGAACUGGGGUUCUUGGUGGUCGCUAUGAACAGUAUGGAAGAGUUCGCAAAAGCAGAGAAAGAGACUUGGAAGGGAAAGAGUAUACCCGUGGUUGUUGAGGAUGUCGAAAAGGAACUUCAGCAGCGACAGUCACAAGAAGGUGAAUGAAUGGCCGGCUUCUCACGAAUUCAAUCAUGCCAAAUUGCCAAACGUCGGCGCCGUCAGCAGAUGUCCUAAUCAUCGAUGGUCCCCAAGGUGUACAACAUCGGUUCCAACCCAGACGAGCUUCCAGGCCCUUGGACACGAUAUUACGAUAGCCAAGGA